CCGCCAUCGCGUCAGCUCGACCACCACAGGUCGACAUAGUCCUUUUCCAGAGCGCCCGCUCGCCUGCACCGCCCCAGGCUCCAGCAUGAACGAUUCAUGGAACCCGAAUGCGCUGCCUUUCCAGCCUGGCGGCUUUGGCCAUCGAGAGCAGGAUUUGGGCGCCUUUGAGAACCAGCUUCCUCCCCCUCCUCCUCCCCAGGCCCCUCCUGGACCUCCAGGCCCAUAUGGAUCGCCAGGAAUUCCGUGGAAUAACAACUUCCCCAUGCCACCUCCGAUGAUGCCGCCCCCUAUACCUCCGCACAUGUUCAACAACCCACAAGCAUAUGGUGACUACGGAGCCCACCUCCACGCGCAGGCGUACCAUCAGUGGAUGGUGCACAAUGGUCAUGGAUACCAUGCACCUCCACCUCCGCCUCCACCCCCACUAAACUAUCCACCGGGUCCAGAUGCUUUGGCAGGACAUCCGCCUCCGCAUAUGCAGCAACAUGGGCCGCCGCCGUUUGGACAGCCACCGCCAUUUGGACCUCCGCUUCACUAUGGCCCUCCGCCAUUCAUGCAUCACCAGCAACGACAGAUGUUUGGAAAUCGGGCGCAGCAUCACACAAUGCACUCCCAGGCAAACUUUCCCCAAGGUGCGAGGAACGAGGACAUACAGGCGCCAAAUUAUCCAGGGAAGAAAUCAAAGUCUGUGAAUGCUGCCAAUAGCCAAACCAAGCAGAAAGAUGUAUCCAAAGGACCCAAGCAAACUCCUGCUGCUGAGAAGAAGGGACGUUAUGGGGACGAGAAGAUCAUGCUUCCUGCGCCACAGCCCACAGAGGAGUACAUGGAGCAGUCUGCUGGAGAACCGUCUGAAACCGAGACCCCUGGCCCAAUGUUGGUCAUUCUGGACCUUAACGGUACAGUCCUGUACCGGCCUAAUCGCAAUGCGAAGACUAUGAUCGAGCGCCCGUUCUUGAAGCCCUUUCUACGCUACCUGUUCGAGAACUUCAAGGUCAUGGUUUGGUCAAGCGCCAGGCCAGACAAUGUCAAGGCACUUGUCAAUCAAGCUCUGGACAACGAUCUGCGCUCCAAGCUCGUAGCUCAGUGGGCGCGCGACAGCUUCGGUUUAUCGCCGGCAAAUUAUCAGCAAAAUGUUCAAGUGUACAAGAACUUGAAACUGGUAUGGAGCCGGAGUCAAAUCCAGUCGUACCACCCAGAAUAUGAUGCUGGCGGUCGCUUUGGUCAGCACAAUACGGUUCUCAUUGACGACAGUUCCAUCAAGGCCAGCGCCCAGCCGUAUAAUCUCCUCGAGAUUCCAGAAUUCUCAGCUACACCUGAACAGAUGCAGGGUGACGUAUUGCGCGAAGUAGCUGGUUAUUUGGAAGUGUUGAGGAAGCAGUCAGAUGUGUCCAAAUUCAUCAGCAAAGUCCCGUUUGUGGAAGGUGGUCAAUGGACGUUCGAGUGGCCUGACAGCAUUGCGGGUGGGGGUGAAAUGACUGCCAAGGCUUCUGCUCCUCCUACGCUCAGUAAGAAGAAAAAGAAGAAGCUAGCUCAAGCUGCUGCAGCUGCUGCAGCUAAAGCUAACGUCCCAGUGUCACAGGUCCCCUUGUCGGAUGCGACUGAUACUGUGGCCUCUGUGCCGUUGGUAGCCUCAGUGCAAGCGGACUGGUAG